AUGAUGUUUCCUCGCUCCAGUAUGCUCAAACUGACCCUCAAUCUUGAGAGAUAUUCCGAUAUAUUUUACACCUAAGGAACAUUUUAAAACAGCAAAUGGUUCCUGAGAUUUCUUCCAAGAAACAAUUUCAAGACACAGGAUGGCAAGUACAGAAGCCUGUUGACAUCGGAGGGUGAAAUAAAAGCUGCACAUAGAGCCAGAGGCAGAGAAGAAAGAAGCCAAACCACCUACGCUGUGGAGAAGAGCAGACGAGAGCACAGGCUGGACAUGGCCUCGGAGACCCACAUGCCAGGCCCAGUGUGCCUCAUCGAGAACGUGAAAGGGCGACUGAGGGAGAAUCAGGAAGCUCUGAGGAUCCUGUCUGCCCUUCCCAAGCCCGUCGUGGUGGUGGCUAUCGUGGGCCUCUACCGCACAGGCAAAUCCUACCUGAUGAACAAGCUGGCUGGGAAGCAAAAGGGCUUCUCACUGGGCUCCACAGUGCAGUCUCACACCAAAGGAAUCUGGAUGUGGUGUGUGCCGCAUCCCAGGAAGCCAAAUCAGACUCUCGUUCUGCUUGACACCGAGGGCCUGGGUGAUGUCGAGAAAGGCGACAACCAGAAUGAUGCCUGGAUCUUCGCCCUGGCGAUACUUCUGAGUAGCACCUUUGUGUACAACAGCAUGGGAACCAUCAACCAGCAGGCCAUGGACCAGCUGCACUAUGUGACUGAACUCACAAGUCGAAUCAGAGCAAAAUCUUCACCCAGGAAGAAGGAAGUUGAAGACUCGGCUGACUUCAUGAGCUUCUUCCCAGACUUUGUGUGGACACUGAGAGAUUUCUCCUUAGAUUUAGAAUUAGAUGGCAAUUCGAUCUCUCCAGAUGCCUACCUGGAAAAUUCCUUGAAGCUAAAGCAAGGUACCAGUCAGAAAGAUUUUAAUCUCCCCCGACUCUGCAUCCGGAAGUUCUUCCCCAAGAAGAAGUGCUUCAUCUUCGAUAGACCAAGUCAUAGAAAGAAGCUGGCCCAGCUCGAGACACUGCAUGAUGAUGAACUAGACUCUGAAUUUGUGAAGCAAGUUGGAGAGUUCUGUUCUUACAUCUUCAACUCUUCCAGGAUUAAAACACUUCCAGGAGGCAUCGAGGUCAACGGACCUCGUCUGGAGACCCUGGUGCUGACCUACCUCAGUGCCAUCAACAGUGGGGAUCUGCCCUGCAUGGAGAACGCAGUCCUAACCUUGGCCCAGAUAGAGAACUCAGCUGCCGUGAAGAAAGCCUUGGCCCACUAUGACCAGCAGAUGAGCCAGAAAGUGCAGCUGCCCACAGACACCCUCCAGGAGCUGCUGGAUCUGCACAGGGCCUGUGAGAGGGAGGCCAUCGAGAUCUUCAUGAAACAUUCCUUCAAAGAUGUUGACCAUCAUUUUCAAAAGGAAUUGGCGGGCCAGCUAGAAAAAAAGCGAGAUAACUUUUGUAAACAGAACAUGAAAGCAUCUUCAGAUCGUUGUACAGCUUUACUGAAGGUUAUUUUCAGUCCCCUAGAAGAAGAGGUGAAACAAGGAAUUUAUUCUGUAGCAGGGGGCUAUCAUCUCCUUCUUCAGAAGGUAGGAGACCUGAAGAAAAAGUACUAUGAGGAACCCAAGAAGGGGAUACAGGCUGAAGAGGUUCUGCAGAAAUUCUUGCAGUCCAAGGAGGAUAUGACUAUUGCCAUUCUACAGACAGACCAGACUCUCCAAGAGAAAGAAAAAGAGAUCGAAGUGGAACGUGUGAAAGCUGAAUCUGCAGAGGCUGCCACAAAAAUGUUGGAGGAAAUGCAAAAGAAAAAUCAGGAGAUGAUGGAACAGAAAGAGCAGAGUUAUCAGGAGCACAUCAGACAGUUGACUGAGAAGAUGGAGAGGGACAGGAAACAGCUGCUGGAAGAGCAGGAGAGGAUUAUCGCUGUUAAACUCCAGGAACAAGCCAAUCUACUAAGAGAGGGAUUCCAAAAUGAGAGCCGAGAACUUCAGAAUGAGAUAAAUCGUCUCAACUCAAAGUUAGAAAACUCAGGUUCUGGAUGUGUCAUACUCUAAAGAUCUGACAAAACAAACUUUCCUAUCGCCCUUAUUCUUUGAGGCAUAAAGAAAUUUUAGAUUUUAGAACAAGUGCUUCUUCAGUUAAUGUUACUUAAAAGUUAUAACCACAAAAACCUGCAUAGACAUGAAGUACAACACUUGAAGCCAAGUUCAGCUUCCUUAAAAGAUUGUAAAUUUUGUAUCAAGAAUAGAUUUUACCUCCAUACAAUUUUACAAAAUACUGAGUUUCAAUGUGAUAUUUUAUACAUGUGUAUACUGAUCGUAUACUGAUUCUAUCCAUAUCACCAUUACUCUCCCUUACACUUCCCUCUGGUUCCCAUUAAUUCCAUCCAUUUUCUUAAGGGAGUGACUAUAAAUGCCAUGUUGUUUUGCACAGUCAUGUGAAGCUCCUUCCUUCUGGACAAUUGUUUAUCCCUGUCCUAUGGGUUAUCCUUGAAAUCACUUUGGGUGAAUAGAAGAGGUGUAUGUAUAACCAAACAGAUUUUAAGAG